GUUGCACUGCGAUUGACAAAACAAAACCCUUAGCCUUCGUGGUCUCAUUCGUGAUUCUUCUUCAUCUCCGUUCAAGAGGUCUACGCUUGAAGAUCUCGUUGAAAUGGCCGAUUCUCCGCCGAGAAGGAAUUCAAGGUCCCCUUCCCCAUGGAGGGCUCAGUCAAGAUCGAGGUCUAGGUCUAGAUCUAGGCCAAGGUCUAGGUCCCGGUCAAGAUCAUUUGAAAAACAAAGGCCAAGGUCUCGCUCCAGAAGUCGUGGAAGAUCAAGAUCAAGAAGUAAUGACAGGAUGGAGACUAAAAAUACAGGGAAUACACUUUAUGUCACUGGUCUAUCUUCAAGGGUCACUGAGAGAGACCUGGAGGAGCAUUUCUCUAAAGAGGGAAAGGUUGCUUCGUGUUUUCUUGUGGUGGAGCCCCGUACUCGCAUUUCUCGAGGUUUUGCUUUUAUUACAAUGGAUACCGUUGAGGAUGCAAACCGCUGCAUCAAAUAUCUCAAUCAAUCAGUUUUAGAGGGUCGCUAUAUCACUGUUGAGCGGUCCCGAAGAAAGCGUGCAAGAACUCCUACACCUGGACACUAUCUUGGCCUGAAAAGUACUCGAGACUAUGGAUAUCGCGGUGACCGCGGAAGGUAUAGAGGAGGUGGAUCUGGUCGUGAUGAUUAUGCAUAUCGAGGAGAGCGUGGAAGGUCUCCAAGGCGCUCACCUUAUCGAGGUGGUAGAGAUUAUUCUCCGAGGCAUUCACCGCCACCUUAUGGCGGAAGAACUAGGAGGGAUAGGUCCAGGUCACUUCCAUACUCUCCAUAUGGUAGCCCAGACAGGAGGUAUGCUCGUGGAUCUAGGUGAUGUCUUUUGAAGCUUUUUCCAUCUUUAAAUUUCAAGAUGGAAAGGAAAAACUGUUUUAUGAACAUCAGUUUGUAUCCAUGUUUUGGAAACAGUUUGCACUUAUUAAUACUUUCUUUCCUACUUCUGUGUUUGUUUUAAACUUAACUAGUUUGUAUAAUUCGUAAUUUAUUGGCCAAAUGGAUCUAAAAGACCCACUACUCUGUAAAGCUCCAUUUUGUCUUUAUAUUUUCCGAGCAGAGUCGCAAACUUAACUAAAUUUUUAGUGGAAAUUAGUUUUAGUAUGUCA